AUGAACCCGGUUAACACCAAACCGUACACUCUUCCCCCGGACGCAAUCUGGUUGAUCACCGGAUGUUCGUCGGGUAUCGGCCGAGCACUAGCAGCUCUAGUCGCAAGCAAACCGAACCAUCGCUUGAUCGCAACAGCUCGGAAUCCUAAGGACCUGGAUUACCUGCCCGAUAACAAUGUCAACCUCCUCAAAAUUGCCCUUGACGUGACAUCACCAACCUCGGUGAAAGAGGCAUUCAAAGCCACAGCCGAACACUUCGGCAAAGAUUUUCAUCUCGAUGUCUUGGUGAAUAAUGCCGGGUAUUCGUUGUCCGGCGAUACUGAGUCUGCGACAGAGGAACAAGCUCACCAGGAAAUUGAAACCCUCUUCUUCGGUACGGCUCGGAUGACUACUUGUGCCAUCGAGAACAUGCGACAGUCUGAAACCCGACGAGGCGGUAUUAUCUUCAAUAUUUCCUCUCUUGCUGGACAAUGCGCCUUUCCGGGUCACGCGUACUACCACGCGGGGAAGUGGGCCGUCGAAGGGUGGACUGAGUCUGUGGCAAAGGAGAUGCAUCCUGAUUGGAACAAGCCGAGUGGUGUCCAGACAAAUUUCGAGGGGCAUAGCAAGGCGCGGACUGCGCCUCAUCCAGCUUAUGCCGAGAAAGAUAUGCCGGCACGUGUUCUUGAGAAAUACGUGGAGAUGGGUAUCAAGUCGGGAACUCUUACCAAGCCGUCUGCGAUUGCAGACGCUAUCUUCAGUAUUGCGUCUAGCAAGAAACGCAUUCCUUUGCGUGUUCCACUCGGUGGGCCGGCUUGGGGCUUUAUCAAGCAGAAGCAUGAGACCUGCUUGAAAGACCUUGAAGACGUCAAGGGCCUCAGUUUGUUGGUAUCCAAGACGUAG